AUGCCUCUGCUCUACAACACUCGCUACAGCUCCAGGAGGAGAGUGUCCGUGAUGAUCGCUGUGGUCUGGUUUCUCUCCUUCGCCAUCUCCUGCCCCCUGCUGUUCGGACUCAACAACACAGCCAGUCGGGACAGCAGCAGCUGCAGCUUCGGGGACCCGGCCUUCGUGGUUUACUCGUCGGUGGCGUCCUUCUACGUCCCGUUCAUCGUGACGCUGUUGGUUUACGCUCAGAUCUGUGUCGUCCUGAGGAAGAGAGGGCGCCGCACCGCUCCCCCACGCCACAGCCGCCACGGUCCCCACGGUCCCCACACCGCACCAGCAGAGGGCGCUGACGCACAGAAGCACCGCAAGAACAAAUGCACUCAGCCCGAGGACGUGAAGCUGUGCCCCAUGGUCCUGAGGCCGUCGGGUUCUCACAGGAAGAAAGUGGUACGUUCCAUCAGCACCGAGUCAGUGUCAGGGUCAGUGUCAGGGUCAGAGUCAGUGUCAGUGUCAGAGUCAGAGUCAGAGUCAGAGUCAGAGUCAGAGUCAGUGUCAGAGUCAGAGUCAGAGUCAGUGUCAGAGUCAGUGUCAGAGUCAGUGUCAGAGUCAGUGUCAGAGUCAGUGUCAGUGUCAGAGUCAGUGUCAGUGUCAGUGUCAGAGUCAGAGUCAGUGUCAGAGUCAGAGUCAGUGUCAGAGUCAGAGUCAGUGUCAGAGUCAGUGUCAGAGUCAGAGUCAGAGUCAGAGUCAGAGUCAGUGUCAGAGUCAGAGUCAGUGUCAGUGUCAGAGUCAGAGUCAGAGUCAGUGUCAGAGUCAGAGUCAGAGUCAGUGUCAGAGUCAGUGUCAGUGUCAGUGUCAGUGUCAGAGUCAGAGUCAGAGUCAGAGUCAGUGUCAGAGUCAGAGUCAGUGUCAGUGUCAGUGUCAGAGUCAGAGUCAGAGUCAGUGUCAGAGUCAGUGUCAGUGUCAGAGUCAGUGUCAGUGUCAGUGUCAGAGUCAGAGUCAGUGUCAGAGUCAGAGUCAGAGUCAGUGUCAGUGUCAGUGUCAGUGUCAGAGUCAGAGUCAGAGUCAGAGUCAGUGUCAGUGUCAGAGUCAGAGUCAGUGUCAGAGUCAGAGUCAGAGUCAGAGUCAGAGUCAGUGUCAGAGUCAGAGUCAGUGUCAGUGUCAGAGUCAGAGUCAGAGUCAGUGUCAGAGUCAGAGUCAGUGUCAGAGUCAGUGUCAGAGUCAGAGUCAGUGUCAGAGUCAGAGUCAGUGUCAGAGUCAGUGUCAGAGUCAGAGUCAGAGUCAGAGUCAGAGUCAGUGUCAGAGUCAGAGUCAGUGUCAGUGUCAGAGUCAGAGUCAGAGUCAGUGUCAGAGUCAGAGUCAGAGUCAGUGUCAGAGUCAGUGUCAGUGUCAGAGUCAGUGUCAGAGUCAGUGUCAGAGUCAGAGUCAGAGUCAGAGUCAGUGUCAGAGUCAGUGUCAGAGUCAGUGUCAGAGUCAGUGUCAGAGUCAGUGUCAGUGUCAGAGUCAGUGUCAGAGUCAGUGUCAGAGUCAGAGUCAGAGUCAGUGUCAGUGUCAGAGUCAGAGUCAGAGUCAGAGUCAGUGUCAGAGUCAGAGUCAGAGUCAGAGUCAGUGUCAGUGUCAGUGUCAGAGUCAGAGUCAGAGUCAGAGUCAGAGUCAGAGUCAGAGUCAGUGUCAGAGUCAGAGUCAGUGUCAGUGUCAGAGUCAGAGUCAGAGUCAGUGUCAGAGUCAGAGUCAGAGUCAGAGUCAGUGUCAGAGUCAGAGUCAGUGUCAGAGUCAGUGUCAGUGUCAGUGUCAGUGUCAGUGUCAGUGUCAGAGUCAGAGUCAGUGUCAGAGUCAGUGUCAGAGUCAGUGUCAGUGUCAGAGUCAGUGUCAGGGUCAGAGUCAGUGUCAGAGUCAGUGACAGAGUCAGUGUCAGAGUCAGAGUCAGUGUCAGGGUCAGAGUCAGAGUCAGUGUCAGUGUCAGUGUCAGGGUCAGAGUCAGUGUCAGAGUCAGAGUCAGUGUCAGUGUCAGUGUCAGAGUCAGAGUCAGAGUCAGAGUCAGUGUCAGGGUCAGAGUCAGAGUCAGUGUCAGUGUCAGAGUCAGAGUCAGAGUCAGAGUCAGAGUCAGAGUCAGUGUCAGAGUCAGAGUCAGUGUCAGUGUCAGAGUCAGAGUCAGAGUCAGUGUCAGAGUCAGAGUCAGUGUCAGAGUCAGAGUCAGAGUCAGUGUCAGAGUCAGAGUCAGUGUCAGAGUCAGAGUCGGAGUCGGUGUCAGUGUCAGUGUCAGGGUCAGGGUCAGAGUCAGAGUCAGAGUCAGUGUCAGAGUCAGUGUCAGUGUCAGAGUCAGUGUCAGUGUCAGUGUCAGAGUCAGAGUCAGAGUCAGUGUCAGAGUCAGAGUCAGAGUCAGAGUCAGUGUCAGAGUCAGAGUCAGUGUCAGAGUCAGUGUCAGUGUCAGUGUCAGUGUCAGUGUCAGAGUCAGAGUCAGUGUCAGAGUCAGUGUCAGAGUCAGUGUCAGUGUCAGUGUCAGAGUCAGAGUCAGAGUCAGUGUCAGAGUCAGAGUCAGUGUCAGGGUCAGAGUCAGUGUCAGAGUCAGUGACAGAGUCAGUGUCAGAGUCAGGGUCAGAGUCAGAGUCAGAGUCAGUGUCAGGGUCAGAGUCAGUGUCAGAGUCAACCUGUUCUGUGGACUUGCAGACCCUGGUGAAGGAGGCUGUGGUGCACCCCCUGGAGGUGGAGCCGGGUCAGUUCCUGCCUCAGACCGAGCAGACCGGUCCUGCUGCAGGACACACCUCCUCGCUCCCUGGACACGCCCGGAUCUCCCUGUCCAUCUCCGUUGGCCCCUCCCCCAUCCUCCCGCCCACCGUGUCUCGCUCGGCCCUCACGCCUCGCUCCCCGACUCUGGACGACGGCAUGAGGGGCCGCGAGGGCUGGAGGGACCGCAGCAGCCGGGACCAAUGGGGCCGGGACAAGGACCGGGUCCGAGGGAGACUGUCCCAGCAGAAGGAACGCAAGGCCACGCAGAUGCUGGCCAUAGUCCUGGGAGUCUUCAUCACUGUCUGUCUGUACAGGACUCUUCAUCCCUGUCUGUCUGCACAGGAGUCUUCAUCACUGUCUGUCUGUAUAGGACUCUUCAUCACUGUCUGUCUGUACAGGACUCUUCAUCACUGUCUGUCUGUACAGGAGUCUUCAUCACUGUCUGUCUGCACAGGACUCUUCAUCACUGUCUGUCUGCACAGGAGUCUUCAUCACUGUCUGUCUGCACAGGAGUCUUCAUCACUGUCUGUCUGCACAGGACUCUUCAUCACUGUCUGUCUGCACAGGACUCUUCAUCACUGUCUGUCUGUACAGGACUCUUCAUCCCUGUCUGUCUGUACAGGAGUCUUCAUCAUCUGCUGGCUGCCGUUCUUCCUCACCCACGUCCUGAAGGCGCACUGCUCCAGCUGCUGCAUCACGCCGUCGCUCUACAGCGCCGUCACGUGGCUGGGUUACCUCAACAGCGCCGUGAACCCGGUCAUCUACACCACCUUCAACAUCGAGUUCAGAAAAGCCUUCAUGAAGAUCCUCCACUGCUGA